AUAACUCCUUCUGCGAAGCAAGGAUCCAGUCUCAUGUUGCUGUUGCGCGUUCAUUCGUCCGUCCAAGUUGUAUCGAAUUAACAGCAUGGCUGACCAACUUUUGCCGGUCCUCCUGUGUGCCCUUCUUGUUUCCUGCGUCUUAGCCGACCUCGAAAAGGAUGACAGCCCCAAGAAUGUAUACAACGAGAUGAUGUUUAAACAUGCCAUCGGGAAAUCGGCGCAUUUCAUCAUGUUUUUUGCUCCUUGGUGCGGCCAUUGCAAGAAGCUAACCCCAGUUUGGGAUGAACUUGCUGACCGAUACAACCCCGACGAAUCUGUGCCAGCCACUUUUGCCAAGGUGGACUGCACGGCUGAGACCAAGGUUUGUCAUGAGAACGAAGUGAAGGGCUACCCAACGCUUAAGUUCUUCAACCCAGGCCAUGAGACGGUCAAGUACACAGGCAGUAGAAACUUUGGCAGUCUGGAGAAAUUCAUGUUUGAAAGACUGGACAAGAAAAAGGAGAACGUCCCUCAACCGCCAGAGGCCAAGCAUGGACUCUACGAGUUGACAGAGGACAACUUCAAGUCCCAUGUUGCCAAGGGCAACCACUUUGUUGAGUUUUACGCCCCCUGGUGUGGGCACUGCAAGAAACUUGCUCCGGUAUGGGAACAGCUCGCUGAAGGUUUCUCCCAUAAUGAAGAUAUCACAAUAUCAAAGAUUGAUUGUACAGCCCACAGGCCUGUAUGUGUUGAACAUCAAGUCAAUGGAUUCCCAACACUCAAGUUUUUCAAGGAUGGAAUGGUGGUGGACACCUACAAAAAGGAUCGGAAUCACCAGUCCCUCAAGGAGUACGUCAGCAGCAUGAUGGGCCCGCCAAGCACCCAAACCCCGCCUCUCAAAGAGGUCAAGAAAGAAGAAAAGAAAGUGGAGGAGAAGACAGAAGAAGCGGCAGCAGAUACAGAGCCCAAGGAAUCCAAGGUUGUUGUUUUGACGGAGGACAACUUCCAAGAAGGUGUCUCCAAAGGACUUACAUUGGUGAAGUUUUUUGCCCCGUGGUGUGGCCACUGUAAGAAGUUGGCUCCUGCCUUUGAGGACUUGGCUCAUAAGAUUGACGACAAGCCUGGUCUAACAGCAGCCAAGGUGGACUGCACAGUGCACAAGUCCACCUGUAACAAAUAUGAGGUCAGAGGUUACCCCACCAUGCUUUUAUUUAAAGGUGGCCAGUAUGUGGAGAAAUACUCCAGCGGUCGCACUCUAGAUGACAUGUAUUCCUUUAUGCUUCGUAAACUCAAAGAACUUCAGAAGGAGGAGUUGUAAGCAUUCCAGCCAGAUCGGUAGUCUCCUUGCUGGCCAUUCGUAAGCAGCACAUGUCAAAUCCCUUUUUCCCGACUGUCAGUUGCUGUUACUAGAUUGAAAUUGAAGGAUGUUCCUGACUUCUCAAGUUCAGAAAUUGCUUGGCCUAGAAAAUUUCUACUGAGUAAAAACAGCUUACCAUAAAAAACAGUCAUGCAGUGUAUAUUACUUGUGGCAGGUUGUCAGCUGAAAUGUGCUCUC